CCCACAGACAAGCAGCACGGAAUUGAUACUGUACUUUGAACAUUAGCGAGUCUUGCAAUUGGUAACAUUACGCUAGAAACAUUUUCAUCUUAAAUCCGACUGGACAUUGUUUUACUGAAAUCGGUGUAUCCUGGUAUUUACACGAAGGCAAAACGUCAAUGCGUAACUGAUCACAGGGAGCUAGCGAGCUGUAGCUAGCUAAAGUAAUAGGAAGCCCUCCAAAUCCACGCCAGGGAGUUUGCUAGCUAGCUGCAGGCAGCAGUUAUGAGCUUCUUCAGUUUCGGUCAGAGCGCCGAAAUCGAUGUUGUCCUGAGCGAUGCCGAAACGAGAAAGAAAGUCGAGCACAAGACAGAGGACGGGAAGAAGGACAAGUAUUUUCUGUUCUACGAUGGCGAGACGGUGUCCGGAAAAGUGAACGUAACGCUGAAGAGUCCGGGGAAAAGGCUGGAGCAUCACGGCGUCAAGGUGGAAUUCGUGGGGCAGAUCGAGCUUUACUAUGACAGAGGGAAUCACCACGAGUUUGUGUCCCUGGUGAAAGACUUGGCACGGCCUGGUGAACUCACACAGUCCCAGACGUUUGAUUUUGAGUUUACACAUGUGGAGAAGCCCUAUGAGUCUUACACAGGACAGAAUGUCAAGCUGAGGUAUUUUCUACGGGCGACCAUCAGCAGGAGACUGAAUGACAUCACUAAAGAGACAGAUAUCGUCGUGCACACGCUCAGCACGUACCCCGAGCUCAACUCGUCCAUCAAAAUGGAGGUUGGAAUUGAAGACUGUCUUCACAUCGAGUUUGAGUACAACAAGUCCAAGUACCACCUCAAGGACGUCAUAGUAGGGAAGAUCUACUUCCUGUUGGUGCGGAUUAAGAUUAAACACAUGGAGAUUGACAUCAUCAAACGGGAAACCACGGGCACGGGCCCCAGUGUGUACCAUGAAAACGACACCAUCGCCAAGUACGAGAUUAUGGACGGAGCUCCAGUUCGAGGAGAAUCGAUCCCGAUCCGCCUGUUCCUGGCUGGGUAUGAGAUGACUCCUACCAUGCGUGACAUUAAUAAGAAGUUCUCUGUGCGCUACUACCUCAACCUGGUGCUGAUCGACGAGGAGGAGAGACGCUACUUCAAACAGCAGGAGAUCACACUGUGGAGGAAAGGGGACAUCGUGAGGAAGAGCAUGUCCCACCAAGCCACCAUCGCUUCUCAGCGCUUCGAGGGUUCAUCGAGCAGCGAGAAGGCGUCAGCGCAGGGACAGGAGGACAGCAACUAACUCACCACUUCCCUGCCAACUUCCUUAGAACAGAGACUUUAUCUGUGUGUGUGUGUGUGCGUGUGUGUGCGCACUGUGGAGAUGAGGCAGGGGUCUUUAUGUUCCCCUAACCUCUCCUCCUCCCCACCCCCAC